CGGCGCUGCCGAUCUUAGAGUAUCAGUCCUUUGCUUUAUCAUCAACGACCAAGCAAUACCAAAACAAAACCAACAAAAUGAUGAAGAUUAUCGUUAUCGUCUCUGCCCUGGUCGCCAUCGCCGCGGCUAAGCCGGGCGUGUUGGCAGCUGCGCCGCUGGUGGCGGCCCCCGUGGUCACGGCCUCCAGCUCGCAGUACUACCACCGCUUCAACAACGGGCUGGCCGCAUACGUGGCCGCGCCGGCUGCAUAUGUCGCGUCCGCGCCCUACGUGGCGGCCUCGGCUCCGUACGUCGCGGCGCCCUACGUUGCUGCGGCUUAUCCUUACUCCGCUCCCAUUGUCGCCGUUUAAAUUGAACUUAGCGAUGACUCAUUUGUGAUAU